UCAAGGAAAAUGCUGACCAUAUUUUGCAUAGUUCUUGUGUUCACUCUUGGGUGGUGCACAGAAUAUCGAAAUGUUGUGACAAAGACCGCUCAUGUUGGAGAGGAUGUGACUCUAACUUGUACCCACCAGUCUUCACUGUCCAGCUCAGGACUCUUGGUUUGGGUCAGGGUUGUUGCUGGAAACUUUCCUGAAGUUUUAGGAGCGACUUUUACCUUUAAUUCUGCCUCAGUUACUACAUUGCCGCGCAUAACAACUAAAAAGGAACCUGGAACAUUUGUCCUCAGUAUUAAAAGAACAACUCGUACAGAUACUGCUCUGUACUACUGCGAACAACAUGCAGACCUGAACACAACAUUUUUGCAAACUACCUUCUUAUACGUCAAAGAACCAGAAUCACAUAUCACUGCCAUCAUUCAAGACCCUGUAUCUGAUCCACUUCAUCCAGGAGACUCUAAAACACUCCAGUGUUCAGUUUUCUACAACUUUGAGAAGAAAACAUGUCCAGGAGAUCCCAGUGUGUACUGGUUCAGAACUGGAUCAGAUAAAUCUCAUCCCACUAUCUUUUACUCUCAUGGAAACCGCAGUGAAGAAUGUGAGAUGAGAUCUGAGACGCACUCUUUAAAGAACUGUACCUACGGCUUGAAUAAGAUCAUCAGCUCCUCUGAUUCUGGGACUUAUUACUGUGCUGUGGCUGCAUGUGGAGACAUAUUUUUAGGAAAUGGAACAAAAGUACACGUUAAAGGAGGUGACAUGGACUCACUUGCGAAGUGUCAGGAAGUCCACACAGCUCUAUAUUUGUUGAGUGCUGCGUUAGCUGUGAGUCUGACUGUAAUAGCUUUCCUCAUUUACAUCAUGAAGAAAAACAAAGUCACGUUUGCCCUGUCAACAAACCGUGAAGCUACCACCGGUGAUCAACAAAUUCAGGGAAAUGAAGAGUCAUUGGUUUAUGCUGCACCAAUGUUUGUCAAGAGUCGAGGUGACAAGCGCAUGAGGAAAAGUGAAAGUAUGGCUGGAGAUCAAAGUGUCUAUGCUGACGUCAGGGUAAAGGCUAAGAACAACUGCAACUAGUUAAUAACGAACAAUUAACUAAUAAUCAUGAUAAUGCCUACAUGAUGUCGUGUGUGGGAGGUUAUCAGCAGCGACAGCAUCAUGUCACAUAUUGGAUGAUCUUGUUUCUUAAAAGUGUUACACUUUGUCUGGGCCAUUUUUAUUCUGCUUCAUUUCUGUAAUUUCAGUGUUUUUUAAAGGUAAUCACAAGGUUAUGACCAAAACUUGACAAAGUCAUGUCAGCUUUUCAAGUGUAAAUAUUUCUUCAUACUUGUGGUUAUCAUCAGCUCUAAAUGUAAAAUGUCAUUACUGUCACUUUCUGUCAUGAUUCGAUGUAAUAUAAAUAAAACUUUAUUUGAUGAUUUGAUUUAUCCUAUUAAAAUCUAUGAGCAGUAUUAAAACAGCAAAUAAUUUGUUUGAUAACAUAUUCAUGAUUACAUAAUUUAGGCUAUAUCCAUUAAUUUCUCAAAACACAUAUCUCUUUUGGUAAAAUAUAAGUGAAACUGAUGCAUGAUUACAUUAAGAAGUAUUGGACUACAAGUGUUGUAAUAAUACAUCUUUAAUUAUAACCUCUAGCAAAUUAACCAGUUAAAAUCUUCCUUACAUCUGUUUACAACUAUAUAAUGUGAGGGUUAAUGUACAGCAAGAUGUGUAGAAUAAACCCUGACAAGUACUGAAUCCCGAUGAAGGAUUUUAUUUCACAAUAACGACCACUUUGCUGCUCAUUACAUUCCUUAUCACACAGCAGCUUACUUGUGAAAUCAAUAGUUUGACAAAAUAAAGUAUAUUUAAAAAUUAAUUCAUAAUAAAUUUCCAGCUGUGUCUAUUAUGAGAACUGUGCUCUCCCUAAUGAUCAGUCCUACGAAAUCAACAAACCAUGGAAUUCAGACAUUAUCAUCAUCAGUAUCCUGUUUUUAACAAUACUCAACAAUACUUACAAUAAUAUUAACAAUACUUAACAAUACCAAAUGUAAUUUAGCAUGUUAUAAAUAAAUUUCUGACAUCUAUGAACCAUCCAUGUAAAGUAAAUUGUGUGGUGUUUGCAGUUUUUAUUAAGAGUUUUCCCAUUUUCACCUUCAU